UUUAUAUAUGAGGGUAACAUGAGGACACUAUUUCAGUAGCACUAUAUAUAGGAACUUGCCCAUCCAAGGCUUAAUGCAAAGAUCUGUAAGUUCGUUCACGAGAGAUACACAUACUUGCUAUAUUUAGCUCUCAAAAUCGAACUCUCAGAAUGGGAAGCACUGGAGAAAGUAACUAUGGGGCAUACACCUAUGAGAACCUUGAGAGGGAACCCUACUGGCCUUCGGAGAAGCUCCGCGUUUCCAUAACCGGAGCAGGUGGAUUCAUUGCCUCGCACAUUGCUAGGCGAUUGAAGAGCGAGGGGCAUUAUAUCAUCGCUUCCGACUGGAAGAAAAAUGAGCACAUGACCGAGGACAUGUUUUGUCAUGAGUUUCAUCUUGUUGAUCUGAGGGUGAUGGAUAACUGUUUGAAAGUCACAACCGGGGUUGAUCAUGUGUUCAACCUUGCUGCUGAUAUGGGAGGUAUGGGAUUCAUUCAGUCCAACCACUCAGUCAUUAUGUAUAACAACACAAUGAUCAGUUUUAACAUGCUUGAAGCGGCAAGGGUCAACGGAGUUAAAAGGCUCUUUUAUGCUUCUAGCGCUUGCAUUUACCCUGAAUUUAAGCAGUUGGAGACCAACGUGAGCUUGAAAGAGUCCGAUGCUUGGCCUGCUGAGCCUCAAGAUGCCUAUGGCUUAGAGAAGCUAGCAACAGAGGAAUUGUGCAAGCACUACACCAAGGACUUUGGCAUUGAGUGUAGGGUUGGACGGUUUCAUAACAUCUACGGACCUUUUGGAACGUGGAAAGGUGGGAGGGAGAAAGCCCCUGCUGCAUUUUGCAGAAAGGCCCUUACCUCUAUCGAUAGGUUUGAGAUGUGGGGAGAUGGGCUACAAACCCGAUCUUUCACCUUCAUUGAUGAGUGCGUUGAAGGUGUCCUGAGAUUGACAAAGUCGGACUUCAGAGAGCCAGUGAAUAUUGGAAGUGAUGAAAUGGUUAGCAUGAAUGAAAUGGCUGAGAUUGUUCUAAGCUUCGAGAACAGGAAGUUGCCCAUCCAUCACAUUCCUGGGCCAGAGGGUGUACGUGGUCGAAACUCAGACAACACUCUGAUAAAAGAGAAGCUUGGUUGGGCCCCUACUAUGAAGUUGAAGGAUGGGCUAAGAAUCACAUACUUUUGGAUCAAGGAACAAAUUGAGAAAGAGAAAGCUAAGGGUAUCGACUUGUCGAUUUAUGGGUCAUCGAAAGUUGUUGGAACACAAGCUCCAGUUCAAUUGGGCUCUCUUCGCGCUGCUGAUGGCAAAGAAUGAAGCGGACAAGUUGUUCUUGGAUUGUUGUUUAGAUUGAAAUAUGCUAUUGUUUUUUUCAUUCUGCAAACUAUUGGUAUAUGUAGUGAUAUAUGCCUCUGUUCUGUGUAUUUUCCAGUUUCUUAGAGAAUGGUCCUAUGUUGUUUGAUGAUUUAUUAUUUUGAGGAAUAUAUCUCGCUGCCUUUAUUU